AUGGACGACCUCCGCGAGCAGAUGGACCUCUUUGAGCGCAGCGCGAACCUCUCGACCAGCAUCAGCGAUGUGCAGAAGGCUAUUGAUAUGCUCACUGCAGCCCGGGAACGGAUCGCGGCUGAUCCCCAGAAGGCGCCUCUCGUCCUGGCAAAGCUCCAGGACCCCUUCAAGAAGACCAUGGACGCGGCGCAGAAGGACCUCAAGCCAAUCUACUCGGGCCUGAACAAGUACGGGAAAGCCCUAGACAAGAAAUUCAAAGACAAACCCCUCCCUUCUGCUGAAAACGACGCCCUCUCCUCGCACCCCUCGCUCAUAAACCGCGCCAUCGCCAUGCACCUCCUCCGCGAAGGCCAGUUCAGCGUGGCCACCACCUUCAUCGAAGAAGCAAACCGUCGCCCACCACAUCCCGAGCCAACACCCAACGUCCCCAACCCACACAUGAAGGAGUCGUGGGAGAAGGAUUUCGCCGAGGGAACAUUCGAUUCGGAGAAGCUACAGCAGCAGUUUGCCGAAAUGUACCACAUUCUCCACCAACUGCGAGACAAGAGGAACCUGCAGCCAGCCAUACAGUGGGCACGGGAUAGGAGUCAUCUCCUCGAAGCGCGAGGAAGCAAUCUAGAGUUUGAGCUCUGCCGCCUGCAAUUCGUAUGCCACUUCAUCGACAACGUGCAAGACGACGACGCAAUGGACGACAGCCCCAACGGACCUCUCCACGCAUGGGACUACGCACGGCGCGAGUUCAGCAAAUUCCACCCGCGAUAUGCGCGUGAAGUCCAGCAGCUCAUGGGCGCCAUGGCCUACUGGCAGAACGUCGAGGACUCGCCGUAUCGCCGAUACUUCUACAACGACUCCGCCUGGGAAGAAGUAGCCCACUCGUUCAAUCGGGAGUUCUGCUCCCUCCUCGGCCUGAGCGCAGACUCGCCGCUCUUCAUCGCCGCAACAGCUGGCGCAAUCGCCCUCCCCUACCUGCUCAAACUGCAAACCAUCAUGAAGGAGAAGCGCACGGAAUGGACCACGCAGAAUGAGUUGCCUGUUGAAAUUCCCCUCCCCUCCGCCUACCACUUCCACUCCAUCUUCGUCUGCCCCGUCAGCAAGGAGCAGUCCACAGACGCAAACCCCCCCAUGAUGCUCCCCUGCGCCCACGUCAUCGCACAGGAGUCCCUCGAGAAGGUCUCCAAGAACACCCGCUUCAAGUGCCCCUACUGCCCCACCGAAAGCCACCCCCGCGACGCGAGGAAAGUCGUGCUGUAG